AUUCUCGCAAACAAAAUUGAGGUUAUGUUUCCUCCGUGAAGAAAAGCGGUUUUAUUUGUAAUUUUCCUUCUUCGGGGGGAUUUUUUCAGAUGAAUUUGAGGUUAUGUCAAAAAGGCUAUUCGGGCUAUUCGUCGAAUAGGCUUCCAUUCUUUGUGAUUCUUGCGGCACGAAAAUGUUUGAAAAACUCCCUCUUUUGCUUUUCUCUGUGAUUUUGGCCAUUUUCGGGCUCCGUGGCUGCUUAGCAGCAUACUCCUACACAACACAAUGGAUUAAUGUGCCCGUUGAUCAUUUUUCUUUCGCUAACAACGAUACAUUCAAGUUGAGAUACCUCAAGAAUGAUUCAUUUGCAUUUGAACCUGAUUCCGCUGUGAUCCUUUUCUAUGCUGGCAAUGAGGGAGACAUUGAGUUGUUUGCGCAGAAUACGGGAUUUAUGUGGGAUGCUGUUGCUGAUCACAGCAAUAGGCUGAAUGCUGAACUCAUCUUUGCGGAGCACAGAUACUACGGACAAUCCCUUCCCUAUGGCAAUAAAUCCUACAAUUCCGCCAAAGAGUUGGGUUACCUCUCGUCGGAGCAGGCUCUUGCGGAUUUUGCUUCGUUGCUUCAGGAAAUAAAUCCCGGCAAUCGUCGCCCUGUGGUGGCAAUUGGGGGCUCAUAUGGGGGUAUGUUGGCAGCAUGGUUCCGCAUGAAGUACCCCCAUAUGGUGCUGGGAGCUAUUGCAGCCUCAGCUCCAGUCCUGCAGUUCCGCAAUAUCACCCCGUGUGGGGUCUACAAUAGAAUCCUCACGUCCGUCUUCAGUACAGCCUACUCGAAUGAGUGCUCAGACAAUAUUCGCAAAUCCUGGGCAGUUCUCAGGAGUCAAUCUGAAACGGAUGCAGGUCGUGCUCUUAUAACGCGAAAAUUCCAUCUCUGUGCGAAUCUCACGAAACACGAAGAUAUCGGAGAUCUCAUUGACUAUCUCAAUGAUAUGUACAGCAAUCUCGCAAUGGCAAACUAUCCCUAUCCAGCUGACUUCCUUGCCCCCCUGCCGGCGUAUCCGGUGCGGGAAUUUUGCUGGCGUCUCAAAGGAAAGAAUCUCAAUGAUACGCAACUUGUUGAAUCCCUGGCGGAAGCUGUUUCCGUCUACUCCAACUACACGAAUAAAGUUAAAUGCCUCGAUGUGAAGACUUCGACAACUGAGGCUUUGGGAACAAGAGGAUGGGAUUUCCAGUCUUGUACGGAAAUGGUGAUGCCAAUGUGCAGCGAUGGAGACAAGGAUAUGUUCGAACCGGAGAAAUGGGACUUCAAGAAGUACUCCGAUGAUUGCUUCAAGAAGUUCGGUGUUCGUCCACGAAGUGAAGUUGAGAUGAUAACUCGCUAUGGGGGCUAUCAAAUUGAUUCAGCAACAAACAUUGUCUUCAGCAAUGGCCUCCUUGAUCCCUGGAGCGGUGCUGGAGUACUCAGGACUCCCAAUAAUCGCAUAAAGAUCGUCAUCAUCCCCGAGGGAGCGCAUCAUAUUGAUUUACGUGCCAAAAAUGAUAAAGAUCCUCAAUCAGUGCGAGCAGCCCGGCAGAUUCACAUAAAUACAAUCAAGGAAUGGUUAUCACAGAACUAACCAAAUGAUGAUGCAGAUCACCUGCUCAGACACUCUUUAUGCCACCGUAGAAGGUUGAUUGUUUGAUGAAUUCAUCGCAUUUUGCCUUAAAGAGUUCGGAUGUGAUUGGCUUCUCCGGGAGGCAAAAGGGAUUCUUCACAACAUACUCCAGCCAUAUCUAUGAAGGAACAACAUAUUAGCUCUCUUUGAAUUCUUUAAUAUCAAUCAAUAUAUUAUGUACAAUCAUGCCUUACCUUCAAGUAAAAUUGAUUCAUGAAUUCCUUAA